UCUGUAUAAAAAUAGUGCGUAGUGAAUAACUUUCUGUACAUUCGUUAAACUAGUGUAUUAAGUAUUAGUGUAUAAAAUGUACAUAAACCUACUUUUCCUCUUGUAUUUUCAGACAUUAGUGUUUAUUAGUGUUUGUUCCGUGACUUUACGCGUGUUAUUUGUUGUGUGAAGAUGUAAAGAUUUUUCGCUGCUAGUGAUACUUAUGGCGCACGGACGCAUAGUGUUUGAAGGGUUGUGAAAUUGACUAUUGUGCAACCAUGUCGCAGCCAAUGAAGCGAUCCUUCAGUUCGGAAGGUGGUGCCACCUCCAAACGGGACUGGAAAAUGAGACUCAGUCUUCGCAGCCGUAGCGGGCAUAGUGUGGACGCGCUACGCGGGCGGCGCUGUGCGUCACUGCGUUCAGCCGCCACCCCGCUCCGCGCCGACGACUCGGGGCGAAGCACCCCAUCCGUACCCCAUCGGGCGCUCCCAUCCCCCGUUGAGGUGCAACCUCCCAAGAAAUCCAACUGGGAGGUCAUUGAACAUUUCUCCUCCAGCCGGAGCAAGAAGAGCCCCACUUCGGUGGAGGCUGAAGGAACGGGGCCGUCGACGUCGGCGUCGCUUCCUCUGUGCCCGGCCGGAAAACCUGAUAACGAAAUAAUACCCCUGAUUGAAGGAGAUCCUCGAAAUGAGGCGUCCGGCGCGGCACCCGGCGAGGAGGAGGAGGACGAGGACGAGGAGGUGUGCUGGAACCGCAUGGUCAACCACUGUCCGGGCCCCGUCCGAGUGCUGUGUGACUCACAGAGAUUCGAGAACCUCCAUGUGGAGAUGCUCUAUCAGCGGUACUUUCUGCGUAUGAAUCAGACCAACAUGACCCAUCUGCUUGGUCUACUACUCGGAGUGACGGCGGCGCUCCUCUGCGUGCAAGUGCGAACGCUGCUCAUCACACAGAACUUUCUGACCGGACUUAUACCCUCUAAUAUGACGUACACCGAAGAAGACUUUUACAACUACCGAAACAACUUGACGUCAGACAUGUCGUCAGUGACGUCACCGUUUCACGACUACCAGGAAUAUAACGCGACCGUGGUGAAGAGGCUGUACUAUGAGAAGGAGAAGAUGGCACACAUCAUCAACAUCGUCAUCCUGGGCAUCACGGCCUUGGUUUACACAUGUCUACUAGCCUGCCUCAGCCGACCAGCAAUGAAUGAGAUCUACUUGCUGACAAUAUCAUACGUUGUGCUAGCAACCUUUCUUCUGAUUGACCUGUCUCUUGCCGGAACAUCAGUAUUGAGAUCCCUGAACGUAAGCGCCGGCGCAUGCGCACUCUUCACCUACGUGACUUACGCGACUCUACCUGUGAGGCUCCACGAGGCCACACUCGGCGGUCUGGCCCUAGCCGCCGUCAACAUCGGUGCCAACCUGAUGCUGAACAAGAACAAUGAUACAGAGAUCUACACCAGUCUUGCAACCCUCAUCGCAUGCAACAUCGCUGGCAUAAUGACACACUACCCUCGCGAACUGGCCCAGCGCCGCGCCUUCCUCGAGACCAGGGACUGCGUUGAGGCACGACUGGUUACACAGCGGGAGAACCAGCAACAGGAACGCCUCUUACUAUCGGUGCUGCCCCGCCAUGUCGCCAUGGAGAUGAAAGCUGACAUCGCGAGCCAACCGCGUCAGGAACAGUUCCACAAGAUCUACAUACAGCGAUACGAGAACGUCAGCAUUUUGUUCGCGGAUAUCUGCGGAUUCACCUCCCUCUCCGACCAGUGCACCGCCGAGGAGCUGGUUCGACUCCUCAAUGAACUAUUUGCCAGAUUCGACCGACUGGCUGCCGAACACCACUGCCUCCGCAUCAAGCUGCUGGGUGACUGCUACUAUUGCGUGUCUGGCCUGCCGGAAGCCCGCGAUGAUCAUGCCAAGUGCUGUGUGGAGAUGGGGCUUGACAUGAUUGACGCUAUUGCCCUGGUACGCGAGGUGAUGGCAGUGAACGUGAACAUGCGCGUUGGCAUCCACACUGGGCGGGUCCACUGCGUCGUCCUCGGGCUCAGGAAGUGGCAGUUCGAUGUGUGGUCCAAUGACGUCACCCUCGCCAACUACAUGGAGAGCGGAGGCGUGGCUGGACGUGUCCACAUCACGAAGGAGACGCUGAACUGCCUGGGCGAUGACUACAAGGUGGAGCCUGGCAAUGGUGGCCAACGGAACGCGUAUCUGAAAGACCACAAUAUCGAGACCUACCUGAUUGUCCCAGAUGAUACCAGCCGAGUGGAUAAAAAGCCCCAGCACAGUUUCUCCAUCAACGGCAACGUUUCGAAGGAGAUGCGCGUCAUGGGCCAUGGCUCGCAGCACGGCAAACAUUCCUCCAAGAUCGGUUCAGACAACACGAAUGAGAACAAGAAGCCCGAGGAUGAGGUGAACGAGUACCUGAUGAAGGCGAUCGACGCACGCUCCAUCGACCGCCUCCGAAGUGAGCACUGCAGGCCCUUCACACUCACCUUCAGGGACACCAACUUGGAGCGCAAGUACAUUGCAGAGAGAGACCGAAUGCUGAAGGUUUACUUCAUGUGUACCUCUGUCGUGUACUUCCUGGUUGUCAUCAUUCAACUACUAGUCUUUACAAUUACACCAUAUACAGUGGCUACUAUUGUUGUAUUCGGCUUCAUCAUCUUCCUAGUGAGUUACCUGGUCGUCUCAAUCAACUUUAAGCGCACUCGGCCAAGAAUCAAGCGACUCGCUGCGUUCACUCACAACAACCGAUCCAUGGCGCAAGUGAUGUCUAUCCUUGUAGUCAUUGCUGUGAUUCUACAAAUCGAAAUUGUUAUGGGACUCUACCUACAAUCGAAUCAGGCCAACGAGACCAUCGUUGCUGGUGCUCUCUUCUGCCCACACGAUAUCAACGAGUACUACCUACAGCUGACCCUGAUUGCAAUGUGCCUGUGCGCGGUCCACCAAAUUCUCAUCACGAUGAUCAAGACCAUCAUUUUCAUCAUCAUCACUGCGACAUACAUCACACUGACCGUACAGAAGCACCUGUUCUACCAAGGCCACUUCUACAGCUAUCAGCAUCAAUGCGAGGUGGACUGGAAUCAGCAAUGGACGAACAUCGUCAUUUCCAUGGGCGCGCUAGUCGCUCUGAUGCUGCACUCCCAGCAGACCGAGAGCACAUACAGACUGGACUUCAUCUGGAAACUCCAGGCGAAUGACGAGAAGGAAGAUAUGGAACACCUGGAGGCGUACAACAGGAAACUGCUCGCCAACAUCUUGCCCGAGCAUGUCGCACAACACUUUCUCUGCAGCGACAAGAAUAUUGAUGAGCUCUACCACGAGCAGUGCGACUCUGUGUGCGUGAUGUUCGCCUCGAUCCCAAACUUCUCUGAGUUCUACGUGGAGUUGGAAGGCAACAACGAGGGAGUAGAAUGCCUGAGGCUGCUGAACGAGAUCAUUGCGGACUUCGACGAGAUCCUCGCUGAAGAGGACUUCAAGUAUAUUGAGAAGAUCAAGAGCACUGGUGCAACGUAUAUGGCUGCGUCAGGCCUCACGGCAGCAACUCGCGACCUCCGCGGGUACCGCCACGUCACAGCAAUGGCGGACUACGCGCUGCGCUUGCGCCAGCAACUGUCAUACGUAAACGAGCACUCAUUCAACUGCUUCCGUAUCAGAAUAGGAAUCAACAUUGGCCCCGUGGUUGCCGGAGUAAUCGGUGCCCGCAAGCCCCAGUAUGACAUAUGGGGCAACGCCGUCAAUGUUGCGUCCAGAAUGGACUCCACUGGCAUCGUCGAUCACAUCCAGGUCACACAGGAGGUGUACGAAAUUCUGGCGACGCGGGGGUACAAGCUGCGGUGCCGGGGGAUGAUCGAUGUGAAGGGCAAGGGCAACAUGCUGACCUUCUUCCUCGAGGGCAUCGGAGUGUCCCCGCCUAUGCCGGUGACAGACCCCUACCUUAAUCCGCAGCCGUCAACAUCGGGCACUGCACACAACCGUGACGGUGACGGGAACCACCGCACGCUAGAGACACUCUCCGAGAGCCACACGGAUGAGGACGCCGGCACCUCGCCCAGACCGUCUAUCUCCAGAGGAAACCCCCACGGAUCGAUGAGUCCGAAACUGAACGGCGGGUCAACAUCAGGGGAGAGUCUAGCCAGCGCCGUGCGAGCUCGAGUACUGAGUCGACUCGAACGACCCAUCUCACUGACGGACCCGCCCAGCCUGCCCGCGUUCCUAUCCCUGCUCUCGACGAGGGCGCAUUCGACGGACCUCGACAAUGUCUUCUCCGAAUCCAAGAAGUUCGGCCUUCGUCGGCCGGUAGCGGAGUCUCGGAGCAGUGGAGAGAUCGAAACGCUGCUCGAGGGCGGAGGCCCGCGCCGAGCGACCAGCCUCGCUGACUUCUUGUUCAGGAGGAAGCCACUGAAACUGGACACGACAGCCGUGAACAUCAUUGAGAAUCCGAUGAAUGUCUAAAUUCCCCGAGAAGUUUCCAGACUUUGAAAGUAAUUUGAAAAGUUAAGUCUGGAAAUUUUGUAACUUUGACACUGCCGUUUGACUAAAAAUUAUCAACAAUGCUCGGCAGUGGAAAGGGAGAUAACGAUAGGCCGAUAGGAAUAGAGUUGAAGUAACCUCCAGUCGUUGGUGCCUGGAGUUAAUACAUUUUCAAAAGCAGCUGUUUAAUUAGAAACUAAAGACAAAAGCCAAGGCUUUUUUACCCGGAAUUGACUUACUCGGCUACGACACUCACACCGGAUUAGACUAACAAGACUGAUACAACGAAAACUGACUACAACUUAAUACACAGACUAGAAACUGCAAUUUACGAAUUUAUUGAAAUAAGGAAAAACGCAAGGUGAAUUGGCUACAAAUAAGUGAACUGGUUAAAAACUUGUUAAGUUAAAUGUACCUAUGUGAUUAAGACACGGUGAAAUGCAGGCGCCAAUUUUUAAUUGGCAGCUCAGUGCAUUAGUGUUUGCUAAAACACCGCCAAAAACAGGUAACAUUACGUGUAAUAUACCUAGUAUUAUUUUAAAAAUGUUUACCUACAGUAGAACAGUUACGAUUGUAUUAUUGAAUGUUUAUUUAAAGGAUAUGUAUCUCGAAUAUUAUAGUGAUUGUCGUAUCAAACAAACUUACUUGGUUUUAAAGCAGAGUCUUAGCAAAUACUCAGACUGAUAAGAGUUAUGAAUGUAACAUUUAAAACCAUGUAGGUUUACUUAAUGUUAUUAGUAUAAACGUCUAGGUAAUAUAAUUACGUAUUACAGUAUUUCUACGGAUUAUAUCUCCAAGUAGUUUGACCCAGAGCUUCUUAUUUUCGCUUUCGAGUAAUUUGUUGCAAUAUUUGGGCUGGAAAAGCAAGGGAGUUGAUAUGCCGGUAAGAAAAUCCAAUAUCAGGUUAGGGUUGUUUUACGUGAUGAUAAAAAUAUACUACGCUAAUAUUACCAA